GCUCGACCGAGGCCGCCGGCCUUCCUUUGCGUAUCGGGCCCCGUUGCGUGUUUCGCGCCGCGGACGACGCUGUUGUUUCUCCUCGCCGGUUGUUCGCGGACGAAGACGACGGCCGAGACGAGUAGUGCCGCGUUUAUCCACGGUGUCCUCGUGCGAGUCGGCGGACAGCGCGCACUGAUACAGGCGCAAGGGCGCGAAACCGUCUCAGUCCGGUACUUAACGCGGUUCCGCGCGGGAGAUUCGCGAUGCGUUUCCGAGGCAGUGUACCGUAAAGAGUUCUCGCGCCGGCAAGAAAACGCGCCAAUCGCGCGUCCGGUGUUCGCGUGGUGCUUCACGCUCGGCGGUUUGUCGCAGAAGAGGAGAGGGAGACGGAGAGGACGAGGGGGAAGCGGAACGGAGGAGGAGAAGGCGGCGGUGGACAAGCGAGGGGGAGAGGACUGUCGCGCGUCCUCUUUUUUCGCUCCUCUCGUCGAAAGGGGGAUCGUAGACUCUCGUUUCUCGAAACAACAAGAAGGAAGAUCGUCGCCAGCGGCGGUGACCAGGUAACGAUCCGAGAGGAAAUCGGAGUCGUAGGCGGGGCUUAAGGUCGCUGGACACGUGACACGGAAACUUGUCACGCCGCCCUUGCCCUCCCCUCCACGCGGCCGAAAUCCACGCGUCCGCGGACGACGCCCCGUCCCGGGAGACGACUCGCACGCGUGUGCGUGCGCGUCGUGCGUGACGCUUCCACGCGGACAUUUUUCCAGGAGGAUCGUGCUCCCGCGGUAUAAGGGAAUAAGACGAAUGCCUACGUUAGCUAUGUUCUUACAGCGCGCUGCGGAUGCACUCGACGUUGACAGAACCCUCGCGCCUACGCGAGGUUACGUCACGCGAUUCUCGCAGCAGACUUCGAGUGCCUCGAUUCUCCUCCGAGUCGCAAAAAUUCAAGACUGGAGCCGGGCCUCCAGGAUCCACGCGACUCUCGCGUCCAACUAAUGCGCGCACGAUAGUGUCCUUCUGUCGCAACUCCGUAAUUAAUCGACAUCCGGCGACGAUCGACGACAAUUACCGACGACAAUACCCGUAAUCGACGAUCGUCCCAUCGACUCGCAAGGCGAUGACGCCGUCGUGGCUGACCGAGGAACGUCACCGUGGCAUCGACGCGUGAAUCCCCCGAGGAUGCAGCAAGCCAGCGUGGGUGGCUGCGACGAGGGCUCCGCCGCGACGAGUCCUCCGGCGAGAUCGCCGGCCGGCUUCGCGAUCAAGAGCGAGCCCGUCGCCGACAGGAACGACGUGAGGAUCAAGAUCGAGAUGCCCGAGCCCACGGAGGCCGGCGUCGAGGUUAAAGGCGAGCCCCGAGAGGAUUAUCAGCGGCAGCCGAGCAACGAUAAUUAUCGCUUCAACGACAAGAAGCCGGGAUACGUCCCGGACAUUCUCGGCCAGUGUCAACCGGGAUACCGUCCCGUGGGAUUGCCCAACUCUUUCGGCUUCCCUCCCUUCUACGGGCAACACCAUCCGGCGCCCAUGAUGCCGGCGACGUCGUCGUCGUCCUUCUCGGCCGGACGUCCCUCCCCGGAUGGGCCGAUCGGUAAGAUCGCCGACGGACACGAGCAGAGCGUGUCGCACGUCGAUCGGCACGCCGCCUACGGCAGGAUGCCGCCGAUCCCCAACGACGGCUUCCUGCAGGAGCACCAUCAGCGCUUCGACCCCGGCGACUUUCAACACGUCAACGCCGGAGUGCCGUACCCGGGCUUCCGGCCCACCCUGCGCACGUCGUACGGCAAUCAUCAUCACCAUCAUCAUCAUCACCAGCAUCCUCCGCAUCAGAACAACAGCGCCUACAACAGAGGCCACUAUCAUCCGGCCAGGCAGCGCAAGUGGAGCAGCGCUGCGUUCCGCGGCCUACACCCGCCGAUGCCCUGGCCUACGUGGUUUUUCCGUCCGGAUCUUCCGCUUGGCACGCCACUACCGACGACUCACGUUCCAAAUUCGAGUAACGUUUCUACUUCGUCGUCUCUACUAUCUCGGACACAUCUGGACGUUCCGAAAGGGCCGGAGCUUCCUUCCAAUAGCAACAAAGUCCAUGGACAGACGCCAACGAUAUGCACAUCCAUCCGUUGCACGGUGAACGGCUGCUCCUGCGAGUCCUUCACACCGGGUAAACGUCACCUGCGUUACUGCGAGAACUGUCAUCACGGCUGGGUGCCUCACGUAACACAUGUUCGGGAUCAUCUAUAUUUUACUGAUGGAGACCGUUUCUCGCAGCGACGAAUUGUCACGGCUCCCGCGCUUCUUCCGUAUGAAAAAAAUGACAUCCCGCUGGCGCGACUGUCAAGCAUUCACCACCAACAGCAGCAGCAGCAGCAGGCUCAACAGCAACAACAGCGGCUCGGUGGCGGUGCUGGUGGUGGGGAUGUCGUCUCCGGCCCUCGAUCCGCUGGUAGGGAGGAUAAAAGCGUCGUAGGGAGGGUAAAGCACCCGGCAUCAUCGACGACGACGACGACGACGACGACGACGACGACGACAACGACGACGACGGAGACGACGGCGACGCCGCCGCCGACGACGACGACGACGACGAUACUCGCGGAUGGUAGCACAGGAGGAGGGAUAGGCAGUGACAGUGGUAGUGGUGGCAGCGGUGCUCCUGGUGGGGACCGUAACGGCGGCGGUGCUAGUGGAGGUGGUUGUGCCGGUGGUGGUGGCGAAGUCGCGGAGAAGGAGGAGAGGCCACCGGCUUCAGAGACUGUCGAGCCGACGGCCGCGUUUGACGUCGCAUCCCUCGUACUCUACGGCUCGCGCGCACUGCCGAUACGCCUUAAGAUCUUGCUCGAUCAGUUGUUCAACCAGUUGCCCCCCGCGCAAGUGACACGUAUCCUAGCUGCCUUCGGUUGGACCCACGAGGAUUAUACGCGAGGAUACAUACUGCAGGACUCGCAGAACGGCCCGGUGCUGGACCGAUGGAGUAUCUGCUCGGCUGAGGAGGAGCCGCUGGUUCUACAGCAGUUCCUCAGGUUCGCCGAGACGCGUCCGUUUGUGCAGCAGCUGCUGCUGGCCGCCGGAACGCCGGGUACGGAUGCUAUGUCACCGAGCAGACGACCUUCGCCGCCGACGAUGCCACUAGCACACUUGCCACCCCCGUUGCAUAUGCUACAUUGCGGGCUACCGCCGCCGGGUUCCCGGCUGCCGCCCCCGCUACCACCGCCCCCACCCCCGCCGCCGUCGUCGAUCUCGCACUCCUCGAUGUCGCCGACGGCGCAGAAGCACUACUCGACGAAUCCAAUCGGCGGCGUCAGCAGAGCGAAUUCACCACCGCGUUCCCUGGACUCGCAUCUAACGGUAUCGCCGCUGAAUCGACUGCAGAGCAUGCAACCGUUCGACUUUCGGAAACUGGGCACUCUCGGAUUGCCGGCGUUUCCGCCGUUGCCGCCACCACCGCCGUCCGCGGAGCAGCUUCUGCAAAAUCGGAAGUCCAUGAGGAAUCAGCAGAGUCCUCACAGUCCGCCCCAUCAUUCGUCCGCGGCGUCGCAGCUGCAGAGGCCGCACAUGCCGGUCGCGCCUGUCUCCUCGUCGGCGUUGACCUUCGGCCAUCCGCUCUCGGUCGCUGUCUCUUCCGGCGCGCUACCACCGAGCUUCCCGACGCACUUCCCGCCACCACCGAUGGGGAAAUCGCCCGGAGGGAUCGGAUUAACUGUACCCACGGACGUGCACAGCGGUGGUGAGAAGAGCAGUGAGUUCGGCUCGGAAGAGGACGACGACGACGAGGAGAAUUCGGACAGCGCGCUGAAUCUGAGUAGACGAGACUCCGCCUUGUCGAAGCACAUCAUUUCUUCCGAUCAACGACACCCGCCGUUGUCCCUUCAGGGCGGACCAUUGGGCAGGCCAUCCGGUAUACCUGGCAGGAAGCCGCAUUCGCCGGGCAAACGACCGGGCAGUCAGUGGAGCACCGCCGCGAACUUACCGCCGAAUCUCGGUACGCCCUUCAUCAAUCCCACGACUGGCAAGAAACGCGUGCAGUGCAACGUCUGCCUCAAGACCUUCUGCGACAAGGGCGCACUGAAGAUCCACUUCAGCGCGGUGCAUCUGCGAGAGAUGCAUCAGUGCACCGUCAAGGGUUGCAGCAUGAUGUUCAGCUCGCGCAGAUCGCGCAAUCGACACAGCGCCAAUCCGAAUCCGAAGCUGCACUCGCCGCAUUUACGUCGCAAGAUCUCGCCGCACGACGGCCGCUCUUCCAUGGCGCACGCCCUGGUGUUGCCGCCGCAGGUCGGACUCCCCGUACCGGCCACCGGACUGAAUCAUUUGCCGUUCGGCACGUUUCCGUUGCUCACGCCGCCACCGGAUCUUCGCUCCCCAGCCUCGUUAUGCGCGUUGGACUUCAAGCACUUAGAUCUGUCGUCUACGCAGGGCCAGGGCAGACCGUAUGACGAGGCUCUGCAGCAGAGAAUGUCGGUGAACGCGAGUCUAUCGACUACCACCACGGCCUCGACGACCAUGCCGGUGGCGAUGUCCACGAGCGCAGCGAUCACCACGACCACGACACCGGCACGAAGUUCGUAUCCUAGUGGCGGCACAGUCUCGCCGUCCACUCAGGCAUCGUCAGGCAUGAUACCGGAAGGCGAGGAAGAUGAGGACGACGACGAUGGCGGUAUCGUUGUGGUCGCGGAGGAUGAAACUAGCAAUCUGCCAUCCAGAUUGCCGCUUCGCGUCGACGACGACGAACAGCCGGCCGACUUCAGUCUAGCGAAGCGGCCGAAACUCUACUUUGGCGACACUGCCGAUGAGGAUCUCGCUAGCAAUCCGGAUAGUAAUGAGGACAACGACUCGAUGGGCACGGUCGAUCAGCAGUCCUUCUCCGUGAACCAACAUUCACUUAACUCGAGUUCCUUCCAUAACCGAGGUGUACGCAAGAGAAAGUCCCAGCAUCCUACGAGAUGUGCCGUGCCGGUAGAAGUGCAUUCCUCGUCCACGGACGGUGAUUCUUCCAACGACGAGGAGCAGCGGAUUCAACGGCGUUGUCUGUCGGACAGCGUCGUUGCGCCGGCGCCGAUGACAGAGUUUCAAAAUCAACCAGAAGACAUGUCGAUGUCCAGGCUCGAGGCGGAAGAACGGAAGAUACUUCCUGGCUCACCGAGAAAUCUCAGAGGCGGUUUUCAUGAAUCGGACUCGCGCUCGCCGGAUGCCGCUAAUAGAGAGCGCGAGACGACAGCGUCCGUUAAUAAUCGGCGCGACACUAUCUCUUCCCAGGACAACGCGGAGGAUCCACUUCAAAACGAGCCACGAGACUUGAGCUCGAGAGCGAGUAGCAUCAAAUCGCCGAAACGACAGAUCACUCCGGAACCAAAGAACGACAAUGCACCUUCGUUGAGCACGCCAAGUGGAGCGACGACAACGACAACUUCGGCAGUUGCGGUGAAGAAUUCUGACGCCACAUCGUCCGAGCAGAAAGAUCGGCAACAGAGCGCAGAGAACGACGAAACGAAGGGAAAAGAGGAGUCAAUCGCGAAGAAAGAACCUGCCGAGACGUCUGCGCAGGAAGAGAAGAAAGCAGUGAACGAGGUGGAGCACCAGGAGGACGAGGAGGACGACGAUGAUGAGCCCAUGGAGGAGGUCGAGGAAGAUGAGGAGGAAGAGGAGGAGGAUGCGGACGACGCGCUGCGCAAUCAAGAAGGUGAGCGUCCCGAUGAUCCCCCCCGUGCCCCGAGCUCGGUCGACAGCCGUCCGACGACAGCCGACGACCUCUCCCACGACUCCUCGAUCAACACUUUGCGUCAACUCGAGUCCUUGUCGCAGGGUCGAUGCGCGAUGCCGUACGCCGAGACGCAGCGGGUGGCUUCGAGGUCUGGCCGCGGCUCUACCAGCCCUAUCAGCCUCACGAUCCACCAGGAGACCACCAUGGACAACUCCUCACAUGGCUCUCGUUCAUCCAGCGCCUCACCCUCCACAGCGGCCAUGGAUACGGACAAUAGCCUGAUCACGUACGCGCGCUACGAGAACGGCGGCUUCGUCAGCACCCAGGAGGUGCCGCUCGACCGUGAGAAUCCGCGCCGUUGUACGGCUUGCGGCAAAGUCUUUCAGAAUCACUUUGGGGUCAAGACCCACUAUCAAAACGUUCAUCUCAAACUGAUGCAUCGCUGCAGCGUAGACGGUUGUAACGCAGCCUUCCCCUCGAAACGAUCUCGCGAUCGCCAUUCGGCGAAUCUCAACCUGCACCGGAAACUGCUGUCGACCUCGUCGAGUCCACCGCUCUCGUCCAGUCUGCCGCCGAGUCUAUCACCGCGCGUCGACGACCCGCAGAUGAACCCGUUGCUGCAUAACGAGUUCCUGGCGAGACUUUAUGCCGACGCCGGCAUAGGUGCCUUGGGUGCAUACCCUUUAGCACCUAGUUUGCCGUCCGCGAUCGAUUUGGCGGCUAGAAUACCACCGCCGCAUCCGCUGUUGCUGCCACCGCACCUCGGCGCUACCUUCCCGGGUCUUUCCUCCUUCGCAUCUCACCUGGCCGGCCUGAACGGUCUCACUCAUCAGCACUUGAACCAUCUAACGAGACUGACCCAGGAACAGGGCAACAGGCAUGUGUCCGCCUCGCCCAUGUCCUCGCCAGGUUUGGACGAUCGUAAAGAGGAGGCUAGAUGUACUAUACCCGGCUGCGAGCGCGUCUUUGGCUCCAGGGCUGUGCGGGACGCGCAUUCCAGGGAUCCCCAGGCCCACCGCGAUUUGCCGAUCCUAUCCACCAGCAGUGGCUCGUGACCGAUCUCGUUCUGCGGUCGCGGACACGAUUAUUAUUCCCUACUGUGAUGCCAAAAUCUUAACGGCGAUUCGAUCCGAUCGAUCGAUCACCGAUGAUCUCGUUUCUACGUAGGGUCGGCAGACGAUGCGGUCCUCACGAACGUUAUUCAAAACGUUCACGGACAUGCAUAAUAACGUGCAAUAUCGAGCGGAGUGCAUACGGGAUGAUCGACCAUGACGUGACUGAUACGAUAGUCCUUUAAUCAAGGUCGAAGAUCUGCCCAUGGAGCCAGUUCCAACGUGGUAAUAUUUGCCUGCCAGUUCUUUCAAUUUCUCAGAUUCAUUCGUCAGGAUAAUUAUUGACCUGAUCUAGUCAAACUGGAAAUUUUAUUUCACGCGUUAUCAGAAAUGAUAAGGUAGAAAUCGCGCGCUGAAUCGCUGCCGAUCAAUUUCGCUUGAUCAAUCAUUGCGCAAAAUAUUUUGAUACUUAACAAAAUACUUUAAUACUUUGACAAUCUUAAAUUCUACAUUCAACAAUAAUAAUGAUGCAUCAAGAAAAUCUUGGAAAACUCACAUGUCCAGUAAAUCAUCAAUUUUUCAGGAAGAACGUUAAAUUGUUGUGUAGAAUUUUAUUUAAA